GAAUUUUGCAAAGUCACAAAGACAAGGUAAUCCUGCUUUUGUCUUGAGUACCUGGCUGCAGGCAUCGAGUAGUACUACAUCUCUAUAUCUGAAGAAGCUGCACUGUGGGCCAGAUCUGCCACCUCCCUGCUUUAUAGACGGGACUUGACUGCUAAAGCGCCUUGAGUACCUGAGAGUCUCCAUUAGAAUCUGCUUUGGAAGCAAGAACAGACUGUACCAUUAUGGAUGGAGGGGAUGAUAGUAACCUUGUCAUCAAAAAGAGGUUUGUGUCUGAGGCAGAGCUAGAUGAGCGGCGCAAAAGGAGGCAAGAAGAAUGGGAGAAGGUGCGAAAACCAGAAGACCCAGAAGAAUGUCCAGAGGAGGCAUAUGACCCUCGGUCUCUGUAUGAACGGCUGCAGGAACAGAAAGACAGGAAGCAGCAGGAGUAUGAGGAGCAGUUCAAAUUCAAAAACAUGGUAAGAGGGUUAGACGAAGAUGAGACCAACUUCCUGGAUGAGGUUUCUCGGCAGCAGGAGCUGAUAGAGAAGCAGCGACGAGAGGAAGAACUGGAGGAACUGAAGGAAUACAGAAGUAAUCUCAACAAGGUUGGAAUUUCUGCAGAAAAUAAAGAAGUAGAGAAGAAGCUGGCCGUGAAACCCAUAGAAACCAAGAACAAGUUCUCCCAGGCAAAGCUGUUGGCAGGAGCUGUGAAGCAUAAGAGCUCAGAGAGUGGCAAUAGUGUGAAAAGACUGAAACCAGACCCUGACCCAGAUGACAAGGCUCAAGAGGCCCCGUCCUGCAUGUCUCUUGGAGGCUCUUCUCUGAGCGGACCUCCCUCCAUCCACUGCCCAUCUGCUGCUGUGUGCAUCGGCAUCCUCCCUGGCUUAGGCGCCUACUCUGGGAGCAGUGACUCCGAAUCCAGUUCAGACAGUGAAGGCACCAUCAAUGCUACAGGGAAGAUCGUCUCCUCCAUCUUCCGAACCAACACCUUCCUCGAGGCGCCCUAGCUCCUGACAUUAUCACAGGGAGCAUCUCCUCAGAGGGUUGGAUGCCAGUUCUGCCUUAGCAUCACCUCCCUCAGAAAACUUACCUGCUUCCUGUGCACAUGUGACAUUUUGACCUAACUCAGAAGUGUGUCUCAGUCCACUUGUUGUUCAGACUCGGCUUGAUUUCUCUUUAUACUCCUGUGCAGAUGACCAAACCUGUCCCCUUGAUAUGAGGAGUCAGGGUUCAGGCUUGUCUCAGAAAUGUCACGGACAAGCCGGGCGUGGUGCGCACGCCUUUAAUCCCAGCACUUGGGAGGCAGAGGCAGGCGGAUUUCGGAGU